ACCUUUUUUAUAUGUAUCGCCUCGUCUCUGCUCGUUAAACGUCAGCUAUUUUCCUUGCCUCAUUAUCGUACGAUCAGGUUAAAAUGGAUUUACGAGUUUUCUGUGAUAUGAAUUUUUACAUUACACCGGACAGGUUCUUCAUUGAGCCUUCCGAAUCGGGUCAAUUUGUUAUCAUCGAACGUCCAAACGGAGCGGUAUCAUUACACACCUCGGAAAGUAAAGAACAAUUGCCGAUCCACGGUUACGAGUUGCGUAAAAUAUGUGGGGUGCUUGGUAUGGUUCGGAUGAUCAGCGGUUUCUACCUAGUCGUGGUAACGCAUCGCAUCUUCAUCGGUCUUAUCAAUGACGAACCGAUCUGGCAGAUGGCCGGUUUUGAUCUGAUUCCACUCACCCAAUCGCUGACCCAUUUGAGUGAAGCGCAAAAAGGACAGAAUGACAUCUAUCUUAGUAUGAUGCGCCAGGUGCUGGAUACGCCCUUCUUCUAUUUUUCUUACGGCUAUGAUCUUACGAAUACAAUGCAAAGGAAUGGUAGCAGUGCCGGUAGCGGCGACAACGUCGGCCUGUUCAUGAAGAGUGAUAAGCGCUUUGUUUGGAACAUUGGGCUGUUGGAAUAUUUCCCCCAGCUGCAUCGAUACAUUCUGCCCAUCAUUCACGGCUUCGUCUCUAUCAACGAUGUGACCAUAAACGGACAUUCACUCAGUUGGGUACUAAUUUCUCGGCGCUCUGUGCAGCAUGCGGGCACGCGAUUGUUUUGCCGCGGUAUAAACAGCGACGGUGAAGUGGCAAACUACGUCGAGACGGAACAGAUUCUGAUCACCGGACAAGAUCGUGUGUCGUUCGUGCAGACACGAGGCAGCAUUCCGCUCUUCUGGCAACAGACGCCCACACUGCAAUACAAACCACGGCCACAGCUGCUAACUGGGCGAGACCAUCUGAUCGCCUGCUCGCGGCACUUUGACGGGCAGUGCAAACUGUACGGUGCUCAGGGCUUAAUCAACCUGAUCGAUCACAAGGGAGCGGAGGAGGUGCUAGAGAAGGCAUACGAUGCGACUAUCUCCGCACUCGCCAAUCCACUGCUGAAUUACGUAUCGUUCGACUUCCAUAAGGAGUGCAAGAAAAUGCGCUACGACCGGUUGAGUUUACUAAUGUCACGGAUCGCUAGCCAGCAAGACAACUUUGGCGUUUAUCACACGAGCCACCUGGGGCAGGUGUACUCCGUCCAGAAAGGUGUUUUCCGCACCAACUGCAUCGACUGUUUGGACCGAACGAACGUCGUACAGAGCUUAAUUGCGAAACGUAGUCUUGAGCAAUCGUUGGACAAAUUGGGCAUUUUCAAGCUAGGCGAGAAACACAUCGAUCCGACAUCCCAGUUCGAAGCCAUCUUUAAGGCGGUUUGGGCUGAUAAUGCGGACUUAAUUUCGUUGCAAUAUUCCGGUACGGGUGCGUUGAAAACGGAUUUUACACGUACAGGAAAGCGCACUUUCCAAGGAUUGCUUCGCGAUGGGCUGAACUCCUUAACGCGCUACGUAAAGAACAAUUUUUACGACGGUUUUCGUCAGGACAGUAUCGAGCUGUUUCUAGGAUCGUAUCGCGUGAAAGAAGGUGAAGGUUUGGAUUUCCCUUCGCCACUGAAUGCCUCCGAUGCAACCGUCGACUGGAGGAAACGAAUGAUUUCGACCAUGGUUUUGUUUGAGAUAGCGGUGUUCUUCGUAAUUUUGCUCUAUCCAACCGAGUAUAGUCUCAAAACGGGCGUAAUGUUGUUUGGUUGGGGUAUUGUUUUUGCAUUUACGCAGCGGUUCUUUGUAAAGCAUCGAAAUGAUUUUGUGGACUGGCCGAAACUGCUUUCAAAAAAGUAACUAGCCGGCGGGGGUCCUUACCUGCCCGGGGAGAACUGGCCUUGUACGACGUAAAUACGUACUACACAAUCGUGUGAAACGGCGCGGCAACAGCUGGAUAUCACCGGAAUAGCGGUUAUGGGCAACGAAUGACCGGCCAAAUAUGUCGUACUUUUGUCGCAUAUGCUCGGUAUGUUGGAUGGAAGUCGCAUUGUUUGAUGUUUUUUUUGUAUGUUUUUAUUUUAUAUAUAUGUUGGACGGUCCCGAUGGUGUAUGUGAUAAACGGUGCCGCUUCCACAUGACAGGACCGGGUAUCAAAUCCCAUCCAGACCGUCCCCCCCCAUAGCAAGGGCUGACUAUCCGGCUACGUGGUAAAAAUAAGUCUAGUAAGCCAGAAAUGGCCGGCAUGACCUUAGAGGUCGUUAAGCCAAGAAGAGAGCGAGAGAGAGAGAGAGAGAUAUGUUUAAACACCUUGAAGCUUUCCUGUUAUUGCAACACCUUUUGGGCUAGGUUAACAAUGGAAUAUACAAAUAAACUGUUCUAUUUGCUACGAUGAUCAAGCAAAUGUUACAGCAUACCGCACAUUAACGGUUAGAUACGUGAUUUUGGUAUGCAUCAGGACGAAGGAUUGUAUCUUAGUGGUGUUGGUUUUGUUUACAGAGGGCUUGAUUCUUUCGAUCCCGUAUACCCCGUCUCUAUUGCACGUUUAGAAGUUUGACGAUACGGAUACGGUACCUUGAAACAAAAGAGCGCUUCACGCUAUAAUACACACCAACUUCUUUCAGCAUCAGGUUCAAUAAUACAACUACAACACACUUCGUCUAGUCCUUCCUUUCAUAUAUAUUAAAAUGGAGAUUUAUUCUUGAAGAUAAUAAUUAAAAAUUGCAUUCGGUGCAUAUGAAAUAAUACAAUUAUCGACACAACAGAAGAAUCGAACACAAAAGUUUCAAUCAUUCCUUGCGUUCUUAAUGCGAUAGUGAGAAAUAUCAAUAAUAAAAUAUUAGAGUAAUAUAAUUUUCUUCAGGA